AAAGUCUACAUUGCGGCAAUGAAAAUGUGUAUGUUCAUUGCUCACUGAUAAAUGAGUGCGAUAAAGUCAACGAUUGAGAGCGUAUAAAUUUCGAGCAUUCGUCUAAGCAGCCGUCAGUUGUUCAGUGAUUUUCAUAAAGUACACAGUAUUUUCUUAAUCGGAAUAAAGCAUUCUUUGUUUGAAUAAAAGCUUUGAUAUUUUGUGUGUGAAAGAAAUUUUAAUUUAAAACAAAGCCAAGAAUGGAUGAAAUUGUUGAAAAAAUCCGUGCCCGUAUUGCAAGCGUCGAUCCUGAUGGUCCGCGCAAAGUGACUGGUGUAUUUCAACUGAAUAUCAAAAAUGAGGACGGAUCAGCAAGAGUCGUUACGCUUGAUUUGAAUAAGCUGGAAGUUUUGGAUGGCGAUGUUAGCGAUGCACCUGAUGUGUCCGUCGACUUUGAUGGCCCAGCUCUGGUUCAAGUAGCCACCAACGAACUUUCAUUCGAAGAAGCUGUCCAGAGUGGUAAAGCUAUGGUCACUGGAGACAUUGAACUUGCUAAAACAUUGGGCGAUGUUGUCAGCGACAAACCACUUGAAUAAACAUCAGAUUUAAGUAGCGCAAUUUAAUGCAUUUCAAUCCAAUAAAUCGCAAACGUGAUUGUAACCACUUUGAUAUGAUCAAAUUUUUCAUCUUUUUCAAUCCGAUGAUUUAUAUUAUAAAUUGAAUUGUGACUCGGUGGGGAUUCGAUUGCAUAAAAUUGCUUGAAAAUAUUUAAAUUGUAAUGGCAUGACAGAAAUGAUGUACAAGAAAUUUAAAAAGGAAUAAUAAAAGAAAAUGUUUCUUAAGAAGCAAA